UCUCGAACAGUCACAUCCGAUAUUUUAAAGCAGAAAAAAAUGGAUGCAGAUGAAAGCUUCUUAGAUCAACGUUCGCUACUAAUGGACGUAAUUAGGCAGCUUGAUGACAUUCAGAAUGCCAAUAAAAUGGACACUGGGACCAAGGGCAAGGAGGAAAAGAAACCGGAGGUGGACCUAUCUGUGGGUGUGACAAACACCAGCUUUAUGGUUUUUGCCCGUGACAUUCGCAAGAAAUCUUCAAGGCCCUUUAAAAGGGUCCACAAGCACUCCAAUACCAACCAAUUGUCCUGCAUGCGCCAGAUCGAUGGUACGCCAAAGGAUCGUGCGGAGGCUAGACGAGAUCGCGAAAGUGUGGCUGAUAGUUUUCGCAGACUGGGCAAUGACGAGUACCGACGCACCAACUAUGAAAAGGCCAUAUCUCAUUAUUCAAAGGCCAUUCAGUAUGUGUCCGAUUCUCCCGUUUUGUAUUGCAACAGGGCCUUGGCCAAAAUUAAAAAAAGGGACUUCAAACAGGCGCUUUUUGACCUGGACUAUGUGAUCUUCAAACUGGAUCCGCUUCAUUUGAAGGCCUGGCUUUAUAGAGCCGGAGCUCUUGCUCGUCUCAACAAUGAGAUUGAAUCCAAUCUUGCAAUCGCCAAUGCUCGUCUUUUCAACAGAUCCCAGAAGGAUCAAAGGUACAUUGACUAUUUUUUGGAGAAGCUUAAAACGGAAUUCUAGACUUUAUAUUCUACAUUGCUAUUGGUUUUUGAAGCAAAUGAAAAUUGGAAAUCAGUUAUGCUGUAAUUCAUUUGUGGCAAU